GCACGUGGCGCGGGAGGUGAGCGCCGCACGGCCCGAAUGAUAAUAAAGAAAAAGAGAAAAGACGUUCAUGAGGAGCCUGUGCAGAAGAAGAAAAAGGUGAAGACUGUCAUUGAAAUUGAGGAAGAUGUUAAAACUGUCAUUAAAACUCAGGACAGUGGGCGUCUCAAGAAAAAGAAGAAGAGCAGGAAAAAGGAAAAUUUAAAAGAUGAGUGCUUACACAAAUUGCAACCAAAGAAUCGUAAGAAAAAUAAGAAGAAGAAAGCUGGCUCUGAAUUACUCAGGGAAGAUCAUUUAGAAGGCUUUGUGAAUAGAAGAGGUCAUCUGGAUUUACAACUUCAAGAGGAAUCAGAGGAACAAAUUAAAAUAUUCAAAAAGAAGAAAAAAAAAGUCCAUUGUCAUUUCUCCUUGGAGGAUAAUGAGAGUAGUGACGUGGAGCUUUCAAACCAUUGCACAGAUGGUACUAAGAAAAAUAAAUUAUCAUUUAAAAAAAAGAGGAAGAAUACUGCUUUGGAUUUGGAAUUGGAUGGUGAGGUAACAAAGAAAAAAAAGAAGAAAUACAGUUUUUCAUUAGAGGACAUCCAGGACAGUGAACAAAGGCAAUCUACAAAAGUCUGUAAAAACACCCACAAAUACACUUCACAAAAAACAGGUUUUAUGGGUGAGGACUAUGACACAGGCAAUGGUGGGGAAAGUUGUGUAAGAAAGAAGAAAAAUAAAAAGAAAGAUAAGUCUGACUGCUUUUUACCACUGGCAGCUAAUGAGGACAGCAUGCAUCGAGUUCCUGGUAGCCCCAGUGCAUUAAGUGACUCUAGAAAAAGGAAGAAACAUAACUCCUGGGAAUUUACAUGGACAAGCAGAGAGGAAGAGGGCAAAAUUAAGAACUUUGGGUGUAUCAAAGAGAGGAAGAAGAAGAAAAAAAAAGCUGUUUCUUCCUCAACCUGUGAAGAUAAGCAAGACUGCAGUCACAGCAUUCCUGAUAAGCAUCUCCCAGCACAGCAAGAAGUUGAGCUUGAGGAAGAAGAGCUGUCUGGAAGGAAACACAGGAAGAAUUUCACAUAUAAUAAUGAAGUCAGUAAGAAGAAAAAGAAGAAGAUUAAGAAAAAGGAAAAGGAAACAACAUACUCAGAAGUUUCUUCAAACAAUGACAGUGCUUCUAAAAGCCAAAAAGCACUACUAGAAAACAAUAAGAACAAAGAGAGUGAAAUGGAGCAAGCUGAGUGUGUCACAGGGGACACUGUGGAUGGGGCAUUAUGCAAUAGCAAUCCUGUGCUUCUGUAUGACAGAAAAAGGAAAGGAAGGAAAAAAGUACCACCACAGCAGUCAGCUGAGGAGCCAGGUUCAAAAGCAGGUGUGGAAAAGAUCAAGACAGAACGCCCAUGGAAUGAGUCAGUGGAACAUCUAGAUGGUGUAAUUAUUGUGAAGGAAAAGAAAGGAAACUGUGAUGAAAUUAACAUAGACAAGGUGAGGCGACAGGCCCUGCAAGAAGAAAUUGACAGAGAAUCUGGCAAAACCAAGGCCCUCAGUUCCAAAGUGGCACAGGAAACGAAGCUUGGACAGUGGAGUACAGCUACUUUUAAAAGUUCUGAGGAACAAAAUAAGUUUUUUAGACUGUUGGGUGGUUUUAAAAAGGGUCCUGUGCCUAUCCAAAGUCCUUCAGCAAUUGCAAACAAACCAAACAUGGCUCUGAACCAGGAAGGGGAGGAGAAGUUACAGCAGGCUCUGAAGAUGGAGUUUGAUAAAGCAAUGGACUUCAAGCAACACAGAGGAAUUGGUCUUGGAUUUCAGCCUAAUGCCAACAAAAAAGGAUACAUAGACAAAUAUGCAUCUAGAUCUAUAAAAUUUGAAUAUUAAAACUCAGAAGUAAUAAAGAGAGGAAAAUUUCUUUUUGCCUUCUACAUUUUUUUACUUGAAAUAAAAU